GGACAGUAGAGCACUAGAAUGUAGAGCGGUGCAAGCUGUUUUGUUGAGCACUAGAACGUAGAGCAGUGCAGUUUGUUAUAGGGCCUUGAGUGCAAGGGCAUAGAGCAAUGAAGACGGUAAGCACUUUUGCGCAAGGCCCUAGCUUUCAGGGAUGAUCUUCGGUGCGGCGCAAUCGAGUGAGACAUACUGACCUUGUGCCUGCCGAGCCUCUGCUUCCCGCGUUAUCAGCGUGGGUUUUAAAGCAUAGCAAGCUAUAGGUUCCAGCAGCUGGGCCGUUAGGACGGAAUCAUUGAUGUCGCAUAGUUGUAGAAUCAAGCAGCCUGAUAGCCGUAUUGGAUUUCCCGGCCUUAGGGAGCGAGAUAUAGAUAAUGCAUUUAUGUGUAUUUGCACACCGUGCUGAUGCACAAACAUUACAUCACUUUCCACCUUUGAUGAUUGUAACAAGAGAAUUUCUCCAGCAUUUUGUGACAAAUGAUUGAAGAAAGUCUGCUUGAAGAUGGGGCAGUGCAUUGCCGAGUUUGUUCAGCGAUGAUGGUUGUUUCAUGCUGCAUUAUGUGUAGCAAGCUGUUGGCUAUAUCACCUUAGUGCAAGUUGUGGAUAAGGGCCACCACCUCAAGAAGAAGUUGAAGAGGCGACAUGCAAUGUCUCAAGAUAAAGAUGACGGAGACGUGCCGGUGUCGUGCAGGAAUCGUCUUGUUCUUUCUAAACAUCACCAUCGUACUUGUGUGCCAUGCGACAGGCGCCAUGGGUCUCGUCAUGAAACAAGAAGUGGCGUCAAUCAGUGACUUCCUUGUCUUCUACAAUACGAGCUCCUUAUUUAAACUUCUGUUUUGUGUGUCCUUGCUAUUUCUCGUCUUUCAUCUCAUCGGCGCAAAAAUAUGCUUCGACAGCGCUUUUUACGAAACCAGGGAGCGGUUCCACUCGGUGCUGUUCUACUGGCUGCUGGCCGGCUGUGCCCUGAUCCCGCUCAGCGUGGCCGCUAUCAUCGUCCUUACAGCCCACCAGAGCCUGGUGAUGCACGCCAUCUCGCUCGGCUUCAAGCACGCCAUGAAGAAGUACAAGAUCGACGCCUCGAUGCGCGAGUACAUAAACCGGCUGCAGAUCGAGCACCAGUGCUGCGGAGCCACGUCCGUCUCCGAUUGGUUCAAGGUCAGCUGGGUGGACGUCGGCAAUACAGUUCCCAUCAGCCAGCUGGCAAACAGCCGCUACAUGCAGGCAAACGGCGAGUUCCUCCCGCGCUGGGCACCGUUCAGCUGCUGCCGCCAGGACUCCAUCGGCGCGCCUUGCGAGUCGGUCACAAUGUUCUUUCAGCCAAAGAAGAGCGCAGACUGGGUGAAGAAGUCAAAAAUAUACUCGAUCGACUACCUGUCUCAGUUUGACAGAUACAAAGCUGUCUUCAAAAACGUGUCAGCGAUGCUCCACGAUCCGCCGGAGGCCAUGAUGCGCCGGGGUCGUCGGACUGUGCAGGGUCGGCGCGCCACGUUCGACGCGUUCCUGCGCGGCGGCAGCAGCCCGGAGCGAGACGUCGCCGUGGAGACGAUGCGGACCCUGCUGGAGGCGCGGGGCGUGAGGGCGCAGAGCUUUCCGGCCGCAGUGCUCCGCCACCUCGGCGCGCCGCCGUGGCGCGGCCGCAUGUACUGCGACUGGAUGGCCGCGACGAGGCCCAGACCCUGA